AUGAUAUAUUUAAUGAUAAUGGCUCCAAGAACUAACAUCAACCAGAACGCACGUACCAAUGGAUCAACAUCUAGGCCAUUGAUCAAUGCAGUCAACACUAGGCAUAUAGAAUCGUCAAAUCCAAUGAUUGCUCUUAGACCAGAAAAUAUGUCAAUUCCAGUGUCAGAGUUUAAUGAUGUAGUCAGUCUUCUCGCUACACUCAAUGACAAAAUGACAGCCAUUAGUUCCGAUGUUAGUGAAUUGAAAGUACAAUUCCAGGUGGGUGCUCAAUCGACUGGCAUGCAAGCCGUUCUGAACUCUGAUAUGAAUCCUCAGGACAUCAUAAGCAGCUCAAGACACCCAAAGAUCUCAUUGAUCAGAAAGAAUGAUGAUAAACCAACUUGGGAUGUCAAUAUUGGUUUGUCUGACGAGUUUAACAAGAAUUUUGCAAGUGAUUUGAUGCUUUACAUUCGUCGUCAACCUGUAGCAGCCAUGGUACCACCAAAAGAGCUAUGUGGUAUAAUUGUAAACAGCUAUUACAAUCGCUUGGCUGCUAGUAGGCUUACUGAAGAAGACAGACAGACAAACACUACCUCAAACAGAAAAGGAAAUAGAAAGACUGCUCUUAAUAAAAGGAGAAAAAGAAUGUACACAAAGCAUAAGAAUGCCGUCACUGAAAAGUUUAAUUGGGAUUAUAAUGGCGUUUUUUACAGAGACGCAAUGUCUGGUGAUGAGUCAGAAACUGAUACUUCUGUUGUUGCAUCUCGUCCUGAUAGGUGUAGUGAUGAGUUGAAUACCAUGUUUGACUUUCUUGAUGAGCUUGCCAAAGAUGACUUCGGAAAAAGAGCAACGCAGUUGAAGUCGCGGAGUCAUGUGUUAGUACACGAGACAAUUCCUCGUGGCUUGGUCACAAAAAUGCCUGCGUGGUCAAAACGCGUAUAA